UGGCAACAACGCCUGCGCAGUAUAAGCGGGAUGGCGCAUUUUCUUGCACCGAGUAAUGCGGCGUCGCUGGCAGCUGAGGAAGGCGGAGAGUUCUGUGGAGCAAUAGUGGCCGGGAUUCAUGUAGCCAACCCGAGGAGGCUUGAUCUGAACUAUAAAAGUAGGAGGCUGAUGCUCAGUGCUGGUACCCCCGGCCCGGCCGUGUGAAAGUCGUGAGAUCAUCGUUGAACUGUCAGGUUUGAAAUUUAAAAACAAUGGAGAAGACUCAAGAAACAGUCGAAAAAGUUCUUCUAGAGCCCUACAAAUACUUACUUCAGUUACCAGGUAAACAAGUGAGAACCAAACUUUCACAGGCAUUUAAUCAUUGGCUAAAGGUUCCUGAAGACAAACUACAGAUUAUCAUUGAAGUGACGGAAAUGUUGCAUAACGCCAGUUUACUUAUUGAUGAUAUUGAAGACAACUCAAAACUUCGGCGUGGCUUUCCAGUGGCACAUAGCAUCUAUGGAAUUCCUUCUGUCAUCAAUUCUGCAAAUUAUGUGUACUUUCUUGGCCUGGAGAAAGUCUUAACGCUUGAUCAUCCACAUGCAGUCAAAAUUUUUACACGUCAACUUUUGGAACUUCAUAAGGGACAAGGCCUAGAUAUUUAUUGGAGGGAUAAUUACAUUUGUCCUACUGAAGAAGAAUAUAAAACUAUGGUGCUACAAAAGACAGGUGGACUAUUUGGAUUAGCAGUAGGUCUCAUGCAGUUGUUCUCUGAGUACAAAGAAGAUUUAAAGCCUCUACUCGAUACACUUGGCCUCUUUUUCCAAAUUAGGGAUGAUUAUGCUAAUCUACACUCCAAAGAAUAUAGUGAAAACAAAAGCUUUUGUGAAGAUCUAACAGAGGGAAAAUUCUCAUUCCCUACUAUUCAUGCUAUUUGGUCAAGACCUGAAAGCACCCAGGUGCAGAAUAUUUUGCGCCAGAGAACUGAAAACAUAGAUAUUAAAAAAUACUGUGUACAUUAUCUCAAGGAUGUAGGUUCUUUUGAAUAUACUCGGAAUACUCUUAAAGAACUUGAAUCUAAAGCCUAUAAACAAAUAGAUGCAUGUGGUGGAAACCCUGAGCUCGUAGCUCUAGUAAGCCACUUAAGUAAAAUGUUCAAAGAAGAGGAAGAGUAAGCAGUUCUCGUUUAGGCUUGAUAGCUUAAAUUAGUUGGGUUUUUUGUUUUAAUCAUCUUUGAAAAUUUUUUAAGGUUUUGAUCUCCAGGAUCAGAAUGAAUAAGGACAAUGUGAGUGAGAUGGUUUCAAUUUAGAAUCCUACUAUACAAAUAAUCAUGUAAAAAAGUUGAAAGAAUCAAAAGAAACCACACUUAAAUAGAUCUAAUUUCAGUUUUCUAGUGUGCUUUGAUGGGGUUGUCCAGCCAACUCUGCCACAAACUGGUCUAUUGAUUCUGUCAAUAAAGACUUCCAGGAAUUUUUAUACAGAUAACAUCCAGUUUUCAGUUCAUUUACCCCGGUUCCAAGCCAGUGACUACUUGGAACCAGUUUCCACAGUUCCCUGACCCAAAGACCACAGGACAUCCUCUUUCUUCCUAAAGUUGCUAUUUAAAACAUCUCGGUCUACUCACUCCUUUGAAACUUUCGCCCUUAAAUAGUCAAUCAAAAAGCUGAUGGUGAUAAGCAGUAAACACUGUGGGCCUUUUCCCCUUUUUGUCCUUCCCAACAAAGCAAAUUCUUUUCUUGAAAGAGUGGCUAUAAAAUUUACAGGCAAAAAGAGAUAAUACAGUGGGUAAGGCACUUGCCUUUCACACACCUGACUCAUAUCAUCUCUAGGGAACACUGCCAGGAGUAAUUCCUGACUACAGAGCUAGGAAUCACCCUUGAGCAUCACCAGGUGUGACCCAAAACCGAAGGGAAGAGAAAACUUUACAUGCAAACUGAAAUGCUUUUUUUUUUUUUUCUUAAAAUUAUUAUUCCCAAAACUGGUCAAUAGAGCUCUGGUUAGAGCAAUAUAUUUCCAUGGGGGGGAGGGGGGAAGCUAUAAAGUAUCAGAGGAUGGCACUUUUCGAUUCUUUUAUAGUUUCAGUAGUAGUAGUAAGCUGUUGCUUACUUCAGAUACCAAAGCUGUAAGAUUUUAGGUAGACCCUUCCUGCCCACAUCACAAAUCUUCACAACCCUCAUCCACUCCACAAUAAUUGGUGACAACGGAAAGGGAAAGAAUAGGCAUCUUUAAUAUCCGGUUAAUAGAAAGAAAAGCAAUGGGGCUGGAGUGAUAGCUCAGUAGGUAGCGCAGUUGCCUUGCAUGUGGCCCACCCGGGUUCAAUUCCCAGCAUCCCAUAUGGUCCCCUGAGCACCACCAGGGGUAAUUCCUUUGUGCAGAGCCAGGAGUAACCCCUGUGCAUUGCCGGGUUUAGCCAAAGCUACAAUUUCAGGCACAAGUUAUGAAAUGCCUUAACCCUGACUAAUUCAUGUAAUCUUCAGCCCUAAGCCCCUUAGAACUGUCUUACCCAAAAGAUAGGGGAAAAUAUAUGACCCUGAUUCCUAUAUUAGAAGUUUAAGCAACUUAAAAAUUUAUAUUUCUGACAAGUGUAUUUCUCAAAAGUACAUCUUGGUUGAUUGACUUUAUAAUGUAAUUAUUCAGAUGUAAUACUUUGAUAAGUUUUCAUCUAAGCACUCCACUGAAAUCUUGAGAAGUUGGAUGAUAAUG